CCACGCGGCUGCAGGAGGACCGAGAGAGGGGGAAAAGCUCGAGGUGUCACCCGGAGAGGGACGUCUCGUCUCGUCUCGUCGUGGGAGGAAGAGGAGGAGGAGGAAAGCGGAGGAAGGAGGGAGGCUGCGGAUCAUGGAAACGCGCCCGCGGUCGGGCUGACUGCAGGAGGCGGACAGGACAGGUGUUGCGGAGAGGCUGGUGCGCAACAACAAGUUGGCUGUUAUGUCGAAGCUCCUAGUUUCUGUGAUAUUCCCGGAUCGCUUUUUGCUUUUCUGGCUUUAGCUGGUGUUUAUUUCCCACAUCGGGGGACAAAAAUGGCUAAAUAACCAGCAGAUCCAGCGGUGCCAACGACGCACGGUCUUUGUCUGCGUCGGUUCCCCCGGAUCCGGCACCGUGAUGGUGCUGAACGUUUACGCACCGUGGAUCAAGAUGCAGCUCGGACCGUGUCGGUGAUCCCCCCUCUUCCCAUCAUUCACCCCAUCCCCCCUCUCUCUUUUUUUGUGUGACUCCGGCUCCGGAGUCGGACGCACGGAGACGGAGCCAUGGCCGCUCCGGGAGCCGCUUUCACGCUCGAUCGGGGUUCAUGCGCCGCUUUUUAGCGGAAAAAACUUUGAUUUCGAUCAUGCCGUCCAGCUCCAGCUGCUGCGCUUCCCACCUCGCCUCCGCUCGGGAGAGGAGCGGGCGCCCCCGGUUCUGCGCGCACGACGGGACGUCGUCCCCGCAACGUCGCUGAUUGGGGAAAAAAACGAGCCAAAACCAAAUAAAAGAGGAGAAAAAAGGAAGAGAUAAGAUGGAACUGUCGGAGGUGCGGUGCUCCAGCGCGAGCGAGGAGCUUUACACCAUCAACAGCAGCAGCAGCAGCGGUGGAGGAGGUGGAGGAGGGAGCGGGAGCGCGCGUCCCAAGCGCCUGCUGUGGCAGAGCGCCGUGCGCCACAUCACCGAGCAGCGCUUCAUGCACGAGCAGGGCGGGGGGGAGGUGGACUCCGGCGGGGGGGGGACGGGCCCCGGCCCCGACCAGCCCGGCUACGACCCGGGCCAGGACGCAGGGCGCAAGCGAAGCUCGGUGGCGGGGCCGGGGCCGGGGGACAGCCGGCACAACAACGGCGGCACCAAGGUGUUCCCGGAGCGCGCCAGCAGCGACCUGGGCUUCCUGCAGAUCGACUGCGCUCCCAGCAACUCCGACUUCUUCCUGAACUGGGGCCACACGUACCGCGGCGUCAUCUUCCCCACGCUGCGCAACGCAUUCAAGUCCCGCGACCUGGAGAGGUUGUACCAGCGUUAUUUCCUGGGCCAGCGGCGCAAGUCCGUGGUGGUGAUGAACAUCCUGGACGUGCUGACCAAGCUGGUGCUGCUGGUGCUGCACCUGAGUCUGGCCACGGCGCCCAUGGACCCGGUGAAGGGCGCGCUGCUGGGCUUCUUCACCGGCAUCGAGGUGGUGAUCUGCGCGCUGGUCGUGGUGCGCAAGGACACCACGUCGCACGGGUACCUGCAGUACAGCGGCGCGGUCACCUGGGUGGCCAUGGCCACGCAGAUCCUGGCCACGGGGCUGGGCUACGGGCUGCUGGGCGACGGCGUGGGCUACGUGCUGUUCACGCUGUUCGGCAUCUACAGCAUGCUGCCGCUGCCGCUCAGCUGGUCCAUCCUGGCCGGGCUGUGCACGGCGCUGCUGCACCUGCUGGUGCGGCUGCUGCUGUCGCAGGACGCGCCGCUCUCCUCCAACCAGAUAGCCGCCCAGGCCGUCCUGUUCAUGUGCAUCAACACUGCUGGGAUAUUCAUCAGCUACCUGUCGGACCGCGCCCAGCGGCAGGCCUUCCUGGAGACGCGGCGCUGCAUCGAAGCUCGACUGCGGCUGGAGACGGAGAACCAGAGACAGGAGAGGCUGGUGUUGUCAGUGCUGCCACGUUUUGUAGUUUUGGAAAUGAUCAACGACAUGACAAAUGUAGAGGACGAACACCUCCAGCACCAGUUCCACCGGAUCUACAUCCACCGCUACGAGAAUGUCAGCAUUCUUUUCGCAGAUGUCAAAGGCUUCACAAACCUGUCCACGACGCUGUCGGCGCAGGAGCUGGUGCGGAUGCUGAACGAGCUGUUCGCUCGCUUCGACCGCCUCGCACACGAGCACCACUGCCUACGAAUAAAGAUCCUGGGAGACUGUUACUACUGUGUGUCGGGUCUCCCUGAGCCCAGACACGACCACGCCCACUGCUGCGUGGAGAUGGGCCUGAGCAUGAUCAAGACCAUCAGGUACGUCAGGUCUCGCACGAAACACGACAUCGACAUGCGCAUCGGGAUCCACUCGGGCUCGGUGCUGUGCGGCGUCCUGGGCCUCAGGAAGUGGCAGUUCGACGUCUGGUCCUGGGACGUGGACAUCGCCAACAAGCUGGAGUCGGGAGGCAUCCCCGGGAGGAUCCACAUCUCCAAAGCAGCGUUGGACUGUUUGAACGGCGACUACGAGGUGGAGGAGGGCUACGGGAAAGACCGCAACGACUUCCUGCGGCGCCACAACAUCGAGACGUACCUGAUCAAGCAGCCGGAGGACAGUCUGCUCACGCUGCCCGAGGACAUCAUGAAGGAGGCAGCCAGCUCGGCCGACCGCCGCGCCAGCAGCGCCACCUUCAACGAGGCGUCGUGGAGCCCCGAGCUGCCCUUCGACAACAUCGUGGGGAAGCAGAACACUCUGGCUGCCCUAACGAGAAAUUCGAUAAAUCUGCUUCCAAACCAUCUCGCACAAGCUUUGCAUGUCCACUCUGGUCCUGAGGAAAUUAACAAGCGAAUAGAGAGCGCCAUCGACUUACGGAGUGGGGAUAAGUUGAGAAGAGAGCAUAUCAAGCCUUUCUCACUGAUGUUUAAAGACUCCCGCCUGGAAGAGAAGUACUCACAAAUGAGGGACGAGGUUUUCAAGUCCAACCUGGUGUGCGCCUUCAUUGUUCUCAUCUUCAUCACAACCAUCCAGAACCUGCUUCCCUCUGCAAGGAUGGUAACCAUGGUGAUCCAGUUUUCCAUCCUCAUCGCCCUCCAUUCCUGCCUGGUCCUGGUUACGACGGCGGAGGACUACAAGUGUCUGCCGCUGGUCCUCAGAAAAGCUUGCUGCUGGAUCAAUGAGACCUACGCAGCGCGAAACGUCAUCAUCUUCUUCUCAAUCCUCAUUAACUUCCUGGCAGCGAUGAUCAACAUCCUGUGGUGCGACUUUGAUAAGCCCAACACCUUCAGGAACCAGACGUACAACGAGACCGCCUCCAUCCCCGACAUCUGCUUCUACCCAGAGUAUUUCGUGUUCACGGGAGUGUUGGCGAUGGUGACCUGCGCCGUGUUCCUGCGGCUGAACUCGCUGCUGAAGCUGGGGGUGCUGCUGGUGAUGAUCGCCAUCUACUGGCUGCUGACCGAGGCCUUUUACACCUCGCUGUUCGUCCGCUACGACACCGUCCACCACAACACAGAAAACUUCCUGGGCACCAAGCAGACGUCGCUGCUGCUGAUGGUCAUGUUCCUCCUCGCCGUGUUUUACCACGGCCAGCAGCUGGAGUACACGGCGCGGCUGGACUUCCUGUGGCGCGUCCAGGCCAAGGAGGAGAUCAACGAGAUGAAGGAGCUGCGGGAACACAACGAGAACAUGCUGAGGAACAUCCUGCCGAGCCACGUGGCCCGCCACUUCCUGGAGAAGGACCGGGACAACGAGGAGCUGUACUCGCAGUCCUACGACGCCGUGGGCGUGAUGUUCGCCUCCAUCCCCGGCUUCGCCGACUUCUACUCCCAGACCGAGAUGAACAACCAGGGAGUGGAGUGCCUGCGGCUGCUCAACGAAAUCAUCGCCGACUUCGACGAGUUGCUGGGCGAGGAGCGUUUCCAGGACAUCGAGAAGAUCAAGACGAUCGGCAGCACCUACAUGGCCGUGUCCGGCCUGUCGCCUGAGAAGCAGCAGUGUGAAGACAAGUGGGGUCACCUGUGCGCCCUGGCGGACUUCGCCAUCGCCCUCAAGGAGAGUAUCCAGGAGAUCAACAAGCACUCCUUCAACAACUUCGAGCUGAGGAUCGGUAUGGCCCACGGCUCGGUGGUGGCGGGCGUCAUCGGCGCCAAGAAGCCGCAGUACGACAUCUGGGGGAAGACGGUGAACCUGUCCAGCCGCAUGGACAGCACGGGCGUGAGCGGCCGGAUCCAGGUGCCCGAGGACACAUACCUGAUCCUGAAGGAGCGCGGCUUCGCCUUCGAGUACCGCGGAGAGAUCUACGUGAAGGGCAUCAGCGAGCAGGAGGGCAAGAUCCGGACGCACUUCCUGCUGGGCCGCGUGCAGCCCAACCCGCUCAUCAUGCAGCCGCGCAAGAUCACGGGCCAGUACUCGCUGGCCGCCGUGGUGCUGGGCCUGGUGCAGUCGCUCAACCGCCAGAAGCAGAAGCAGAUCCUCAACGAGAACAACAACUCGGGCAUCAUGAAGGGCCACCACCACUACAACCGCAGGACGUUGCUGGCGCCCGGCGGCUCCGAGGGCGGGGGCGGCCAUCACACGGAGGCGGCCGACAAGACCGAGCUGUCCUGAAGAGCCGCCCGGGUCCGCUCAGGUUCCCGCCGAGCAGAACCGCUCCCAGGACAGAAGUGAGGCUCCUGGUUGAGUUAAACCUCGGGAUGCGAUGGGAUCCUCGGAAACGGCAGACCGGCGCCGGGGAGGGGGGUGGGGGCGCUGGGACUUUAGCUUUACGUCACCAAACCCACCGGCAAGUCGGGUUUCUUCCUCCUGAGUAAAAAGCCAAAGCAUUACGAGUAGAAACAUCCCAUAAUCACCUCCCACGAGCAAACAUACGGGUGGAGAGAUCCUGUGG